AAACAUUUCCAGGGGAGAACGCUAUGAAAUUCAAUAAAAAAAAAAUAAAAAAAGUAAGUUCAUCAGAACUCUUUACUUAUCACGUAAUAUAUUUCGAAGGUUUGAGGUGCAUUCCACCAAAGAAGAAGAAGAAGAAGAAGCAGAAGCAGAGAGAAAUAGAGGACAGUUUAGUUUUUGUUUUUAUCCGGUCAGAGGAGGGCUAGUUUGGUAGACGACCACCACCACCGAUCACCACCGCCUCCGCCUCCCUCAAAUUCAACCUCACCUUCUUGAUUUCGUGAUCGAUUCUUAAAGGCCUCUCGACGUGCUCGGACGACGAGGACGACGCCGUCGUUUCUGACCUAGUCCACGUCAAAAUGAGGAAGGACGAGCCCAACGCCGUCGAUUCGUCCUCCAACAACGGCGCAGCGGCGACGCAGCCUCAGUCGUCCUCCCGCGCCGAGUCCACUCGCCACGAGUUGACACGGUCCUGGCCGAUGCUCCAAUUCUUCAUCAAAACGAUCUCCGGCGGCAACACUCUGGUAAUCCAGGCCCACGCGCACGACUCCGUCAAGACGCUCCACGAGCGCAUAGAGGCGAUCACCCGCAUUCCGGCGACGGAGCAGAGGCUCAUUUACCGAGGCAAGCAGCUCCAGUGGGAACAGUCCCUGGCCCGCCCAGUGCUCAAUCCAAAACGACGCCAGCUUGCAGCUCGUCGGCCGCCUCCGGAGCACUCACCAUCCUCGGGCCUGGCAGGUCCUGGAGGACUUGGUCUCGGUUUCUUUUCGACUCUGCCGCAGCGAAAAGGUGCACGAGCCAUUGAAGUACAUCAAGAGCCGCCUCAGCCAGUACUUGGCAAUGGCUCAGAAGGAGAAGACGGAGGACUCUGGAGCUAGCCAUAUGCAGGUGUUUAUACCCUCUUCGGCGCCAUUGUCAUUGUUCAUGCUCUACAAUUCGCCUGUUGCAGGUAACAAAGACAUUGCAGAAGAGUCGAUUAAGAAUUUCCUGAUUUCAUAUGCUACAUUGUUGCCCAAAAACUUGCAUAAUCACUGCGCACCGAUAGUGUUAGAGUUCUGUAAGUUUCUGAGAAGAGUAGGGCAGGAGGACCCUCCGUACAUCUUGUGCAGGAGCGCUCUAGGUUUGUUUUGGGAGAAUGCUGGGGGUUUGCAGGACUCAGAGUGUGUUGAUCAGUUGGUUAGGUUGAAGGAGAUUUACCCGUUUCUCACUGAGGUGGCAAAUAGUUUGUCUAAGGAUUUGGAGCUGAGUAUGGAGUCGCCUGGGAGUCUUAGGCCGUUGUUGGAUGAUGUGGUUGAUUUUAAGGCAUUCUUGCUCCCCAUGCGUACUGCAAUUAACAAAGAAUUGUACUAUACAGGUCCCAUUUGUGAAUCCUCGAAAGCACAGGCUGCUAAGUACCCGGUGUUUGGGGAAGAGAUUGAGCUUCUUCGUAUUAUACUUGCUGAUUUGCUGAAAAGAAUGGCUGAGUGCCUUACCAAAGUGGUAGAGUGCUUGGCUGGGAAAGGAAAGGGGGACAGUGAUUAUUGUUCAUUCUGGAUGUUCUCAGUAUCUUGCUGUUUUGAAGGAACUACAUGGGAUUUGUAAACUCUAUCAGGGUGGGGAAGAACAAUUUUGGACGACUCUGAGGCUUAGAAAGACUGCAAUAUGUGCACUAGUUGUGAAAUAUGCAAAGUGAAGUGAUGAUCAUCAGUGGCUUCUUGAGCACAAAGAUGUACUUGAUUUCGAGUCUCGAGGGCAUUUGGCUAUG